AUGGCUACUCUCGACGACGGGAAAAGGAACCCGUCAUCAAUGCUAUCUCAGGCUCGGACAAUCGCAAAAGAAUUCGAGUUUUUGGACAAUGAUGUCUGUCGGGCAACAACUCAUUUCUUGAAGCAGCUUAAUGAGGGCCUUCAGAAAGAUGGCACGUCAAUGUGCCAGAUCCCGUCAUACGUGACAAAGCUGCCAAAUGGAUCUGAAAAGGGUGUCUGUUUAGCCAUCGAUUUGGGAGGGACGAAUUUGAGAGUAUGCUCGGUUGACUUACACGGAGACUCAACGUACUCUCUAACCCAAUCUAAAGUUACCAUUCCACGGCACCUCAUGGUGGCAAAAACCUACAAGGACCUGUUCAAUUUCAUAGCCGUGCAAACGAAGACUUUCAUGGAGAAACAUCACAAGCCAGACCUUGAUAAGUGGGCGGCGCUGUUGAAGGAAGGGGCCAUCACCGAAGAAAUCCGGCUUAAGCACACCAAGAGCUUGGGCUUCACCUUCAGUUUUACCUUUGAUCAGCACGCAUUAAACAAAGGAACACUAUUAUACUGGACAAAGUCGUUUGACAUCCCCGAUGCCGUCGGUCGCGACCCUUGCGCCAUGCUCCAAGAAGCACUUGAUGAGCAGAAUCUGCCCUUGUCUGUAACCGCUUUGGCCAACGACACUGUAGGGACACUGGCUGCGCGAGCUUACACCUCUCCAGGGCGGUCCACCACAGUGGUUGGCGCCAUCUUCGGUACAGGAACCAAUGGUGCGUACAUGGAGCGCAUUUCCCGGAUCACCAAGCUCCAUUCCCUUCAAGGGGCGUCCACUUACGAACCCGGCGCACUGAUGGCUCUGAACACGGAGUGGGGUGGAUUCGACAACAAGUUGGAGGUUCUGCCCACAACAAAAUUUGAUCGAGAUCUGGAUAGGGACUCGGUCAACCCAGACGACCAACAUUUCGAGAAGCGCAUAUCUGGUAUGUACCUCGGAGAACUUCUGAGAAGGGUGGUCCUCCACAUGAUGGAUUCGAAACAUGACACCUUCGACAUGAGAGUCUCUGCAAAAUCAAAGCUUCAUGAACCCGAAAGCAUCGACAGCUCGUUGCUGUCCUCGGUGCUGCAAGACUCUUCUGAAAGCCUAGCAGUUGCCCGCGACAGAAUCUCAAGGGCGUUUGGGGCGACGGGGGUAUCGGUCUCUGAUGCCCAGGCCAUCCAAAUUCUUUCCGAGGCUAUUGGCCGUAGGGCUGCUAGGCUUUCUUCAGUCGCGAUUGCGGGAGUUGCGAUUCAGUCCGGCAGACUCGCUUCAACAGAUAUUGCAAAGCCCCUAGCUGCACCGUGGGGCCUUGGUUUCAACGUCCUGACGCUGUUUCUUUGUAGCAUGCGAGGUUUGUGGAACACUUUGACUGGAUGGCUACAUGUCAAAAUACGAAUCAAGAUACCCAGCAAGGGGAUAUCUGGGGCGUUUCCAAAUCUGGCGAUACACGGUGCAAGCCCGGUGAACGGGUCCGAAGGAGACAUUGACAUCGGCGUUGACGGCUCGUUGAUUGAGCAUUUCCCCAACUUCGAGAACAACAUUCGGGAAGCUCUAAGGAAGAUACCGCAGAUUGGGGUAGCUGGAGAAAACCGCAUCAAAAUCGGCAUGGCGACUGAUGGCAGUGGUGUUGGCGCUGCUCUAAUUGCAUGGGCGGCAAGGGCGUAA